AAGAAGUAGUUCGUUUAGCAAACAACACAGCAGGGUGUCAUUCACUUCAUAUCUAAACUUGUCUUUUGACACUAAAAUACUGUGACGUGACGUACUGCUUCCUUUAAAUAAAAUAAUGUUAUCUUUUACCGACCGGAAGUAAGUGUUAGCAGAACUGCUUAGCACUGAAUGUGUUUCUGGUCCAUACCUGAACAGCAUAUGUUGGGUAUGUUUGUUUGUUUUGUAAGUUAUCUUAAUUAAACAAUUCAGGGUUUAUUUACUCCUUUUGAAGCUAUGAAUAGAAAAAGGUCGCUCAUUUCAGAAACUUUUCGUGUAAAGAAAAGGAGAUUUGGAGCGGACAGUCUCAGCGGAAAUCCUGAACAUGAAGAUGCUCAAGAGGGACCUUGUGACGUCAGAGCCACCUUGAAGUACUUGAUGACGCUUUUCCCAAGGAAGCUGUUUGACGACAGUCUUCCACCGAUUGUCUACAAACAUCAGCUGUACAGUUUACUCAACGACAAAACGCUGGUGGACAAGCAGCUGAACGAGUUGAGGGACAAAGGAGAACUGCUCAUGUUCCAGCUGAGCUUCGACACGGACACGUUCGCCUUGGUGUUGACUGAAGACUACAGAUCCAAAGUUCUGGCAGAGCAGAUCGGAAAAGACACUCACGCAACGGUCGAGAAGUUCCUUGAUAAAGCGCUGCCUAGUUGCUCAGGACUGAGUUUCAGCAAAUGUCAAAUGCUCAAGGAGUUUCUUUUCACAGAUUCGGAGAUAACGCAGCUUGUGAAGUCCGGAGUGUUAACAGUGAGAGAUGCAGGAAGCUGGUGGCUUUCAAUUCCAAACUCUGGUCGAUUCACCAAAUACUUCAUUCAGGGACGCAAAGCUGUUCUCGGCAUGGUCAAGAAAUCAAAAUACAAUGAAAUCCUAAAAGCUGAUUUAGAAGGUCGUCGUACCAAAUCACAAGUCAAAUUCGAUAUAAAGUACCACAUUCAUGACCUAAUCGGUGCAGAACUGGUAGAACGCGUCCAGACUACGUCAGGAACUUUAUUACGAUUUGUGGACACCUGAUCUUCAGCUCACCGAACGUGAAGUAACUGAAGUCUCCCCCAAAUCAUGCAGGGAAAAAAAAAGUUAUUUAAAUAGUGUCUCAGCACUUUCUUACUAGAACCUUGAUAAAGAUGAACUGUGUCCAAACAGGUCUGCCUUUAAAAGUUGUAAGACUAAAUAUGUAAUGCCCCCCCUUGGGAGCAUUCACUGAAAAUUUAACUUGCUUCCAGGGAGAAGCGUUCUUGUGUUGCCACUGAAUUGAAGGCAUUUUUUUUUUUGUUAAGUAGAUUGAAGUUUUUAUUUUAGACCUGUUGAAAUGAAUUGCUUUAUCUUCUGUGAUUAAAUUCAUUCCUGCAAAAGGAUUGUUAAUGCAGCAGGCUGUGAAUUGGGUAUGUUCUAGGUUUGGUAGGUGAGCUUGCAACUCUUAAAAGUACUUUUUAUACAUUUUGCCCUGUGACAGGUUGGCAUCCCCUCCAGAGUAUAUUCCUGGAUAGACUUGUCAGUAUUGUUACCAAAUCAGAUCCUACUGCGACUCGGAGGAACAAUCUUGGACCAUUCAGGCUGGUAGAUUGUUUGCAAGAUACAGGUUUAUAAACCCUUACUCAUACUUUAAUCAGCACCAUUGAUGAAUGUCAAAACAUCAAGAAUUAAAUUUUACCCAGUGAUGCAAACUCCAUUAUAUAGAACAGAGUCCAAAAGAAGCCACAUUUAAUUCUGCUUUAUUUGUCAUCAUUUAGGCAAAACAAAGUGAUUAGGAAUCUCCAAAAAAAAAAAAAAUACAUUGGCUCUAAUCGUGCAGACAGACUUAUGAUGAAGAGGGGAAGGAAGAAAAAAAAAAAAGUUAGAGGUAUGUAAAGACAAGCUCUGAACAUCACUAAUGCAUGACUUUCAUUUAAUUCAAUCCAUUAAACAUACUAUCCAGCUGACAGAAGUGUUAGUGUAUACAGUAAGUUGUUAAAAUUAGCUAUGAUAGGAAUGCAAGGGUUAAUGGGGGAAGGGAAAAAAAAAGUACUACUUAAAAUUCCUGUCACAAUCCAACAGUAGUGUUGCCUUUAACAUCAGAUAUUUAAAAAAAAAAAUUUAAUACCAGUUUAAGGUUCAUUAGAAAUGGAUUAAAGGCUCCAGAUAGCCCUAUAUAGUGUUAUUGAGAUGCUUCAAAUCCCCUCGCUGAGUACACAGACUGCAGUUGAACAACUUUAGGGAGGAUAUACAGACAAGGUUAUAGGUAAUUAGUUGGGCUUAAGCAUUUUAUCAUGUCAAGAGGUAUAACUGCUCAUAGGAAGCACUUGAGAAACACUGAAGCUACACUAGCGCUGUUAUUCAGGUUUUACAGUAUGAAAUGCAAGACAGUGAUGAGUACUGAUCCGUGAUUAUUCGUUAAACAGUACUCACUUCAUUCAACUUGUCCAACCUUGGCUUGUUUUUCAGUAGCCAGCAGAAGAGUUUUGUAGUAUGCAUGCAUCUAGUGGGUUCUGUAGUGCUAUUUGGCAAGACUUCUUUCGUUCCAAUGAUGACUUGUAAACAAACCACAAGGGCUCUUAAAGAAAUUAACGACUGAACAAAGUUGUGUUUUUUUAAAAAAAAAUUCAAAGGCCAUAAUUCUCAGUAUGGGUGCAUCAGUUAACAUGGAUUUGAGGUGAUUGUGUCUCAUUCCUACAUCUAGAGGUUAUGUUCAGUUGUGUGAGAAUAUAAACAUCCAAAAGAAAAAAAAAGGGGGGGGAGGGAGGAAAAUGGCAACAAGUGCACCGUCUCGUUCCCAUCCCUCAGAAUACAGCUGGGAUUGUAGGCCGUGAUCACCGUCUAGAGCAGAGAGCAUUUUCUCUUCCUCUUCUUCAUAGGCGGUGGGCAGAGAACAGCUCGAAUCGCCUCGUCAAACACUGUCUUAAGGCCGCGCUGCGUCAGGGCCGAGCAUUCCAGAUACUUCACAGCUCCUGAUGGAUGAACAGUGAUUACAUGAAAACUGUCAGUGUGAUAGGAGUGUAAAAGAGUAAAUUACACAACCGACAUGAAACGUUAACUUCACUUUCAAAAUACAGAUUAAGUGCCUGUCUCUGCUCACUGUUCCUCUUUCUCCUUAAAAUCACAAAUACUGGCAAAAUAGCUUUCAGGAAAUGUCUUGAGGGCCACUGGAGCAUCGCAAUCUGUCAGUAAUGUUUUCUGAUUGUGCAUGCUAGAGGUGUGGCGAUUAAUUGAUCCCCGAUCCAUUUCAGUCUGCCAUUCAAAAGUCGAUUAAAAAUUUAAUGAAUCAUGAUUCACCAACAAUAACCAUUUUCAUCCCGAUAACCCUAGACGCAUAACUGAUAUUAAAUUCGAUUUGUUAGCCGGACCUACAUGUGGGUGCAGCCACAUUUGCAGUUGCUAUAGCAAUCUUUUGCUGUUACGCAUUGCUUUGUGAUCAUAGCGGACGACUCCGAACUCCUGAAGCCACCAGCUUGGCAGCAUUUCUUAAUCUCAGUGCCUUAUGUUCUCUCUGGACAAUGAAUGGUGUGUCUCAAGAGGUGCUGUUCACUUUAACACACGCGACUAUUUUUGUGUUUUGAGACAAGUCAUUAAAAGUUUUCACUGCUUUGUGUGUUGAAAAUGACCGACUAUGAAUGCAUCACAGUUCAAAGUCAAUGGAGUGACUAGAGUCUGAAUAAAAAGACUACAAAACACUAUUUUUAAUUGCACUACAUUUCUAGGCUGACAGUGAACAGAAUAUUGAUUUGAAGGUUAUAAAAUAGGACAAAAAUGUGAAUCAUGAUUCGAAUCAAAUCGUGAAAAAAAACUGGAUCGUCACACCUCUAGUGCAUGCACAUGUCUAACGAUUACUCCGUACAUUACCCUCUGUAAUACGGUCAGUAGAAACAAACCCAGGUGGUGUACAUCCUAUCUGAAUUGAAAUACAGGACCCGAAGUUUGAACAGACCCAAUUCAAUGGAUUUUCAUUUUUGAUUAAUUUAAAACAAAACAUCUUAAAAUGUCGUUUUUUUACUUAGUUGAGCAGUUCUUGACAAUAUGAAUUACUACAGUUGUGGAAUAAGGCUAUUGACUACCGUUUGACCUCCAAUGCAUUAAAAAGGCAAGAAAUUGCGCCAAUUAACCACUGUGCCUCAUCAGAAGUUAAUUAAAAAAAGCAUUCCAGGUGACUACCUCAUGAAGCUGGGUAAGAUCGUGCCAAUAGUGUGCAAAGCAUCAAGGUAAACACUGGCUAGUUUGAAGAAUCUAAAAUAUGAAGCUACUUUAACCUACCGUAUUUUCUGGACUAUAGAGUGCACCUGUAUAUAAGCCGCAUCCGCUCUAUUUUAAAAAAAAAUUAAAAAAAAGAUAUACAAGCCGCACCGGGCUAUAAGCCGCAGAUAUCCAUGUUGAAAAAUUAGAUAUUUACUGCAUGUACAGAACGAUUUUGUACUGUAAAUGUACAUGAACAGAUUCUUUCCGAACAGUGCCUUUUAACACGGCAGCAACUUUGCUGAUUAAAACGGAACAGAACCAAGAGAAAAUAACCGGUAUUUAUUUACCUUCAUUUCUCCUGUGUUUGAAACCACAAGUCACUUUAAUCAUCUCCGCUGGAUUUGAAAAUAAUUACCAGUUAGUAAUUUGUCGUGCGUGUUCUAUCUGCUAAAGAUCUGCUAAUUCUUCUUUGCAUUGAUUUUUCGUCUGUCUUAUUUUUGAUUCUACUUCUGGUUAGAGCGCCCCUAGCGGUGGAAGAAAAAUCCACAGAAUAGCCGCACCUUUGUAUAAGCCGCAUGGUUCAAAACCUAGGAAAAAAGUAGCGGCUUAUAGUCCAGAAAAUACGGUAGUCUGGCUAACGUGACUUCAAAGCUCUGCGAGCAUUUGGUCUGGCAAAGAUAUUAAGCCCAACCGUUUCCCAAAGGCGUGGUUGACCCGCCUCCCUGAAAUGCCUCAGUUUGCUACUGGUCGAAGCCAGAAAAGGCUGUGACGAAGCUUAAACCAAUCACAUCACUCUUUCCUCUGACACGACGGAAACUGCUUGAGUAACAGGAAGAAGAUAAAUACCUCCAGGGCUGCUCUUUGCUCCGUUUUCAAUGAGAACUUCCCGUUGAAUGCUUUCAAUACAGCAUCUACCGCUGUGUCAAAGGCUUGCCGCUGCUCCAUGUUCGUAAUGUUUCUAGUGAAUGAAGCGCUUCCGGCAUAGAUUCUGUAAACAAUCUAUGGCUUCCGGUCGCAGUUCUACCACGUCACUGCCUUGAACACGCCUCUACCCAGGGCCGUUGGAGAUGCUCAAAGUUGAUUGGCUCCCGAUUUUUCGACUUUCUUCAAUACAACAAUGGCUGACCCAGAUUUUGACCGCAUUUACAAAUUUGUGAAUAGCAGAAAUAUCACUAUUCACAAGACUCCUUCAAACGAGUAUGAGCAGUUAUUAAACGUUUAUUGUUUCCUGCAUUCAUCUGAGAAGCGGCAGGAGGCAGUUAGGGCAGGACAGGCUGCUUGGAAAGAAUCAAAAACGAACGUUUCAAAGCAAGCUGAGCCGUGCCGGCAAGAGAUCGUCCGGAUGGAAAAAAAUUAAGUCGACUUUUACAAUUCGGGAUUAUUUCUCUUGUAAAAUGGUAUGUAGGAUAUCAUAUGGGUAUUUUGUACUUGUGUCAGCAGUCAGUUGAAUUUUAUACAGUCAGUCUCUUCUUCCAUUUCAGAAUAAAAGUCCUGCACGACCAGCCCCAGCUCCAAUUUGAACUGCUGGUGUGAUUUUGUCAAGUGUUCUUCACAUCCUGGAGUGAGCUUUUGUUUUAUUCUUUAUUUUCAACAUUUAAUCUGGGGCCAAAAACGGUGACUUAAGCGGAGCGGUCUCCUCAUGAACAAUGGAUUUCCUAUUGUUCAUGAGGAGCCAAAAGGCAACAGCUCCCCUUAAAAAGACAGUCCCUAAUUUUCAAAAAUGAAUCGCCUGCUCGGCACGGUGGUGUAGUGGUUCGCGCUGUCACCUCACAGCAAGAAGGUCUGGGUUCGAGCCCCGUGGCCGGCGAGGGCCUUUCUGUGUGGAGUUUGCAUGUUCUCCCCAUGUCCGUGUGAGUUUCCUCCGGGUGCUCCGGUUUCCCCUAAAGACAUGCAGGUUAGGUUAACUGGUGACUAAAUUGACCGUAGGUGUGAAUGGUUGUCUAUGUGUCAGCCCUGUGAUGACCUGGCGACUUGUCCAGGGUGUACCCCGCCUUUCGCCCGUAAUCAGCUGGGAUAGGCUCCAGCUUGCCUGCGACCCUGUAGAACAGGAUAAAGCAGCUAGAGAUAAUGAGAUGAGAAUCGCCUACUUUGUGUGAAAACUUCUGGACCUGUCUUGUGUCUUUUUCUUCUCUUGUGAAUCUUUGUAUUGUCCUGUCAUCUGAUUUUAAUAAAAAGUAAUACAAGA